AGUCCGCCCUUCGAGCUCGCCGUGCCCAACGACACUCUCGUCCUUCUGCUCGGCGCCAGCGCAAAGUCGUCCGUCGGCUCACGCGUGCAUUCGACCAGGCCUGGCAAUCGAUCGAAGCCCCCCCGGUCACGACUCGCCGGCGUUGCGUCACUGGAGCCUCGCACGCGCCGAUCGCCCCAAUAGCGCCAGUGCGUGCGUCCCAAUUUACCAAACACAGCGCCCAAACAGACCUGUAUCGACGUCGUCGUCGUGCUCCUCCACCUGCUCCUCGUCCGUCAAAAACCCCCCCAGGCCGCCGUCCGCUCGUCCAAUUGCUGGCUUGUCAUCCAGACUGUCUGCAAUUGACUGCGCGCCUGUCACCACCACCAUCGCCGCCGCCAUCCUCUUCUCUGCUCCAGAACCGCAGCCGUCGUGUCCACCUUGCUGAUACACAGGGGUGCGACAAGGCCUCGUCCGCAGCCUCAAGAUGGAGGCCGUGCAUCUCCAUCUCGCCUUCGAGGAGGCUGCAAAGUAUUUUGUCCGGCGACAGGCUGUUAGCCAGAACAACGACAGCAACAUCGGCUCUUCGCAGAGCAGCUCCAAAAACUCCAACUCGGCCUCGUCGCUUCUUUCCACGCUCGUCCCCGUCCUUCUCGUGGCCGCCGUCUGGCUCGGCAUCUUCCUCGUCAUCCGUCCGAGAGCUGCGUGGAAGUAUGCGCCGCGCACCCGGUCCAAGACGCUGCAGAAGGGUGAUUACUCGCCCGAGCUCAGCAGCGGCCUCUUCUCGUGGAUCUCAGAGCUCUGGAAGAUUCCGGACACCUUCGUUCUGCAGCACCAGAGCAUCGAUGCCUACCUGUUCCUGCGCUUCAUGAAGAUCGAGGUCGUCACGUGUCUGGUCGGAUGCCUGAUCACCAUGCCCGUCUUGUUCCCCGUCAACGCGACCGGCGGGGCUGGACAGCACCAGCUUGACAUUCUCAGCAUGUCCAACGUAGAGAACUCGUGGAGGUUCUUCGCCCACGCUGGCUGCGCCUGGAUCUUCUUUGGCUUCGUCAUGUUCAUGAUCGCGCGCGAGAGCAUCUUCUACAUCAACCUGCGCCAGGCGUAUCUCCUGUCCCCCCUGUACUCUCGCAAGCUGUCCUCGCGCACUGUGCUCUUCACCUCUGUCCCGGACGACUACCUCGACGAGAAGCGUCUGCGCGACAUGCUCGGCGGUGCGGUCAGGCACAUCUGGUUCCCCACCGACACAAAGGAGCUUGACGACCUGGUCGGUGAGCGUGACAAGGUUGCUUUCAAGCUCGAGGGCGCAGAGACCAAGCUCAUCAAGACUGCGUGGAAGAACAAGUCCAAGCUUGACAAGGCCGCUGCGAAGAAGGGCGAGGCUGCACCUGCCUCCGCCGUGGCCGAGUCUGGCGACGCCGAGGCCACAACCACCGGCUCCAUUGCCGCCCGAUGGGUUUCGCCAAAGGACAGGCCGACGCACCGCCUCAAGUUCCUCAUCGGCAAAAAGGUCGACACGAUCAGCUGGUCUCGCGAAGAGCUGGAGCGUCAGAUCCCCAAGAUUCAAGAGGAGCAGCAGAAGCAUCGCGACGCUGCCGAAGGCGUCUCAAAGGUUCGCGCCGUCUUCGUCGAGUUCGACAGCCUUCGCGAGGCCCAGGCUGCCUACCAGAGCUUGACGCACCACAGAGUCAUGAUGAUGGCUCCGCGCUACACGGGAAUUCACCCUCUUGACGUCAUCUGGAGCAACCUUCACAUCAAGGGCUACGAGCGCUUCAUCCGCUAUUCUGCCACCCUUGCCGUUGUUGUCGCGCUCAUCAUCUUCUGGUCCAUUCCGGUCGCCUUUGUCGGCGCCAUCUCUAACCUGAACUACCUGACCAACAUCAACGCCUUCAAGUGGCUUCGCUUCAUCAACCACAUUCCCAGCGUGAUCCUCGGUGUCGUAACAGGCCUGUUGCCCGUCGUUCUGCUUUCCCUUCUCAUGUCCUUGCUUCCUCCAUUUUUGCGCUGGAUGGCCCGCCUCGGUGGUGCUCCCACGUACUCCGACGCAGAGUACACGCUUCAGAACUACUACUUUGCGUUCCAAGUCGUCCAGGUCUUCUUGGUCGCCACACUCGGUUCGGCAGCCUCGUCCGUUGUCACCCAAAUCAUCAACGAUCCCACCAUCGUCACCAGCUUGUUGUCCACCUCGCUGCCCAAGGCAUCGAACUUCUACCUUAGUUACAUCGUCUUGCAAGGCCUCGGUGUCUUUGCCAGCAUGCUUGUCGGCCUCGCUGGCCUGAUUGUCACUCCGAUUCUUGUCAAGAUCCUCGGCUCGACGCCACGCAAGAUCUUCUUGCGAUGGAACAGGCUCGCCGGUGUGGGUUGGGGCCAGGUCUUCCCUAUCAUGACCAACUUCCUCGUCAUCGCUAUCUGCUACUCCUGCAUCGCGCCACUCGUCCUCAUCUUCGCCGCCAUUGGCAUCUUUUUCUUCUAUUUUGCGUACCGCUACAACUUCCUGUACGUGUACAACACCGGCGUCGACACCCGCGGUGCCGUCUAUCCUCGCGCCUUGCAGCACCUCUUUGUGGGCCUGUACAUUGCCGAAAUCUGCUUGCUUGGCCUGUUCGCGACUCGCCUGAACUCUAAAGGUGCCAUCGGCCCGUUCGUCCUGAUGAUCCUGCUCCUGAUCUUCACUGCCCUGUUCCACGUUGGCCUCAACAGUGCCCUCGAGCCUCUCAUCAAGUUCCUUCCCAAGUCGCUGGAGGCUGAGGAGCGCCUUAGCCUGCUGCAGGUCGAAGAAGGCCAGACAACGGUCCCGCGAGACGGCGAAGCCGAGAAGGCCGACGUCGAAGCCCACAACGGCGUCAAGAACGGCGCAGCCGUCGUCGACGGGCCUGCUCCGCACAAGAAGCCCAACAUGAUCACCAAGUUCCUAAAGCCUCACAUCUACAACGACUAUCACACCAUGCGCCGGCUUGUUCCGGACAUGAUACCUGAAGAUGACGAGUUCGACGAGGGUAUGGUCCGCGACGCGUACCUUCCCCCAUCCGUCUGGUCAGACGUCCCCAUUCUCGUCAUCCCGAAGGACCCGCUCGGCAUCUCCGCGCAAGAGAUUCAGCAGACCCCCCGCGUGAUCCCCAUCACGGACGAGGCAGCCACGCUGAACGAGCAGGGAAAGAUCAUCGUCGACGACGAGAAGAUGGGAGAGAUCUACUUCUCGGACAAGACAAACAUGUUCGCCGACAAGUACUAGGUCCUGGCAAACCUCCAAUUGCGGUUUGCCCCCGACUCAUUCGGCGGGACGAUCAAGUCGAGGAAAAAAAAAAAAUAAAGAGUGAACAUAUGAAACACGGUAGCAUGACUGCCAGAUGGGGGAGAACUUGAAGUAGGUGUGCGUUAGGAUCCUUUUCUUUUUUGGUUUUCUUUGGUAUGGCAUGAGUCAGUGUGAAGGGCGCGACAUCGAUACCCGGGCCAAACAGAACGCCUUUUUAUUGUUUGAUUUGGCCUUUGUUUCAAAUUUUUAUUUUUUUUACCGUUCUUCUUGUGAAGCCCAUUCGCCCAAGCAACGAUAGGUUUAUCGCACGAAGCGAGCAAAAAAAGCAGUCAUUGAAAGCCAAAAAAAGGACUAUUACCACACACAUAUAUAUAUCGAAUGAGGUGCACAAAUGCCGUUUUUUUUUAA